AUGCAUCGUCAUAAAAAAAAUAACCCUUAUAAAAACUAUAUUUUACUAAUUCCAUCAAGUUCAAAAUCUUCACGAAAUACUCAUAAUUCAUUUCCUGAUCCUCGCUUACAUAUUCAAAAAAGUUCUUAUUCAAAUAUAACACCGAUUUCUACAUAUUCUAUACCACGUAUUCAACAUCAAUAUCAACCAUCAACAACAGUUUCUAAUUUUGUUGAACCAAUAUUAGUAGUUGGCAAUCAAAAAUCUUCUAAACAUCAUCAAUCUUUUGUGUCUUAUCUUCCAUCAAUAUAUAAACCAUCAAAUCUAAAUCGACAAUCAUCAAUCAAUGAUGAACGUCUUGCUACAACUAGUGUUAUGCGUGAACGUCUAUUAAAAGAUAUUCAACAAAAUAUCAGUGAAAUUGAUCAAGAAUUAUCUUUAUUAAAAAGACGACCUUCAAUUUCACAUUAUGUUUCACCUCAUCUUUCGCCUAUAGUAGAUGUACGACAAACAUCAAGUCAUAAUAAGAUUCUUUUACCUAAUGAUGAAAACCAAACUUGGCCAAAUAAACCUAAAAGAAUUUAUCAAGUUAUUCCACAUAUAACAAGUGAAACAAAAAUAACAUCACAACAAUCAACACCAACAUUACCUGAAAAAAUUACUUCAAAUUCAGUUAUUGGACAAUAUCAUUAUGCACCAGAAAUACAACAAAUUCAAAUUCAUGAAAAUGAUCCUGAAAAUUCUGAUCUUAAAUCAACAUUUAAUGAAAUAUCUCGAUUCAAUUUUCAUGAAACAUUUUCUCUCAAUCAAGUUCAUGGUCAACAAUCUGAUUUACCAAAAAAUCGUGCAUUAAUUUUAGUUCCACAAUAUGUUGAUAAUUAUGACAUUAGAACUAAUGAAUCAACAGAAGAUCUUCAUCAAAAUAAUCCAAUCGAUACAAAUUUUGCUCGAUCAUCAUCUGUCAAAUCACUUCAUGAUUUAACAUCGUCUAGUAAAUUAAAUAUUAAAGAUUUUCAAUCACUUAUUCAAACUGCACCUGAAUCUAAACAACUUCAAAUUUCAUCUGAAAACGUUCUUAAUUCUCAUGAAUCAUUCAAUAAAACAGAACCAAAAUUAAAUAAUACAAUACUUUCUAAACCUAUUAAACAUUCUCAUCUAUCAAUAAAAACACAAGAAAUACCUUCUUCCUCUUCACUACCAAUGAGAACUUCACAAAAUCAUACUGAUUUUAACAUGAAUUAUUUUUUCGGUGAUGUUGGAAACGAAUGUGAAGGUGAAGAAGAUCUUAUAUCAAUUGAUCCUUAUCGUUUUGCUCUACCAAUUGAAUCAGAAAUCAUUUCUGAUGAUAAUAGAAGUCAUACUUUUACCAAACAACUUCAAGCAUUACAACAACGACAAACCAGUGAAUUUAAUACUCAGUAUGUUAAAGAAACAGAAAAGAAAAAAAUCGAUGCAACGAUGAAACACAUUGUUACGCCGAUGUCAACAACAACAUCAUCAUCAUCAAAGAAAAUCCUUCCGAUUUCAAUUUAUGACGAUACAACAACUCAAUCUACUAGAAAUAACAAUAAUAAUAACGAAGAUCAACGAUAA